CGCGCUGCAUUCCUUUGAGGGUCGUGGGUGGACGCCAUUUUGGUCCCAGAGGUGUUCUGGGAAGUAGAGCAGUGACCCGCACGCUUGCCGGCUUCCCGGUCAGAGCGUUCGCGUCUUGCUACUGCUGCCGUCUUGCUCUCAGGUCCCCCAGACUCUCUGGUCGGGCAGAAGGCUCAGGGCAUCGGACCGCGCCAUCUAGGAAUACCGCGGGAAGGAGGGGACCGGGGCGGCGCGGGGCGCGGACACUCCCCGCUGAGAGCCUGCCCGCGAUGGAUUCAGAAUAUUACUGCGGCGACCAGUCAGCAGAUGAUGGUGGUGCUACCCCAGUACAGGACGAACGGGAUUCAGGGUCAGACAUUGAGGAUGUUGUAAAUGAGCAGCACUCUGGAUCAGACACUGGAAGUGUAGAGCGUCAUUCAGAGAAUGAACCUAGUGAUCGAGAAGAUGGCCUCACCAAAAGGCAUCAUGUGAUGGACUCUGAGAAUGAUGACCUCCGAAAUCUUAAUGGUAGCGACUCUGAAAGUGAGGAGCUUCACGGGCAGAAGGACAGUGACUCUGAAUCUGAAGAGCACCCAGAGCCUCCUGCAAGUGAUUCUGAAAAUGAGGAUAUCAAUCGCCACGGGAGCGACUCUGAGAGCGAGGAGACCAGGAAGCUACCAGUUAGCGACUCUGAAAACGAAGAACUUCCUAACGGGCAUGCGAGUGACUCAGAGAAUGAAGAUGUUCAGAAGCAUCCUGCCAGUGAUUCAGAAAUCGAAGAGCUCCAGAAAAGUCCUGCCAGUGACUCUGAGCCAGAGGAUGCUCUAAAACCUCAAGUCAGUGAUUCUGAGAGUGAAGAGCCCCCAAGGCACCAAGGCAGUGACUCAGAAAAUGAGGAGCUCCCCAAACCUCGAGUCAGCGAUUCGGAAAGUGAGGAACUUCCUAAACCUCAGGUCAGUGACUCGGAAAGCGAGGAGCCUCGGAGGAAUCAGGCCAGUGACUCUGAAACCGAGGAGCUUCCCAAACCCCGCAUCAGUGACUCAGAGAGUGAGGACCCUCCAAGGCACCCAGUCAGUGACUCUGAAAACGAGGAGCUUCCCAAACCCCGCAUCAGUGACUCAGAAAGCGAGGGCCCCCCAAGGCAUCCAGUCAGUGACUCAGAAAAUGAAGAGCUUCCAAAACCCCAAGUUAGUGAUUCAGAAAGUGAGGACCCCCCAAGGAACCGGGCCAGUGACUCUGAAAACGAGGAGCUCCCCAAACCCCGCGUCAGUGACUCUGAGAGUGAGGAGCCACAGAAGGGACAGGCCAGCGAUUCAGAAGCUGAGCGUCCCUCCAGGCACAAACAGAAGCCUGAGUCGGAGGAUGACAGCGACGGGGAGACCAGGGGAGAGGAUGCAGAAAUGCAAAAUGACUCCUUUAAUUCAAAUAGCCAUACAGAGAGAAAAAGGGUUCACAGUUCUGACAGUGAGGAGGAAGAACCAAAAAGGCAGAAAAUUGACAGUGAUGAAGAUGAAGAAAAAGAGGGGGAGGAGGAGAAAGCAGCAAAGCGGAAAGCUGCUGUGCUUUCUGAUAGUGAAGAUGAAGCGAAAGCAACAAAGAAGAGCCGUGUUGUCUCUGAUGCAGAUGAUUCUGACAGUGAUGUUACCUCAGAAAAAGCAGGCAGAAGAGAAAGGACUGUAGCGUCAGACAGUGAAGAAGGAGUAGGGAAAGGCGAAUUGUCUGAUAAGAAAAACGAAGAGAAGGAUCUUUUUGGGAGUGACAGUGAGUCGGGGAAUGAAGAAGAAAACCUUAUUGCAGACAUAUUUGGAGAAUCUGGUGAUGAAGAGGAAGAAGAGUUUACAGGUUUUAACCAAGAAGAUUUGGAAGAAGAAAAAGGUGAAACACAUGUAAAAGAAGCAGAAGAUUCAGAUUCUGAUGAUAACAUAAAGAGAGGAAAACAUAUGGACUUUCUGUCAGAUUUCGAGAUGAUGCUGCAGCGGAAGAAGAGCUUGAGUGGCAAGCGCAGACGCAACCGUGACGGUGGCACCUUUAUUAGUGAUGCAGACGACGUUGUGAGUGCCAUGAUCGUCAAGAUGAACGAAGCUGCUGAGGAAGACAGGCAGUUGAACAAUCAAAAAAAGCCAGCACUAAAAAAAUUAACUUUGUUACCUACUGUUGUUAUGCACCUUAAGAAGCAGGACUUGAAAGAAACGUUUAUUGAUAGUGGUGUGAUGUCUGCCAUCAAAGAAUGGCUCUCACCUCUACCAGAUAGAAGUUUGCCAGCUCUGAAGAUUCGGGAGGAGCUGUUGAAGAUUUUGCAAGAGCUACCUAGUGUGAGCCAGGAGACUCUGAAACAUAGCGGAAUUGGACGAGCAGUGAUGUAUCUCUAUAAACACCCCAAGGAGUCAAGGUCCAACAAGGACAUGGCAGGGAAAUUGAUCAAUGAGUGGUCUCGGCCUAUAUUUGGCCUCACCUCAAACUACAAAGGGAUGACAAGAGAAGAACGAGAGCAGAGAGAUCUAGAGCAAAUGCCUCAACGACGACGAAUGAACAGCACUGGUGGUCAGACACCCCGAAGAGACCUUGAAAAGGUGUUGACAGGAGAAGAAAAGGCUCUUAGACCUGGAGAUCCUGGAUUCUGUGCUCGAGCGAGGGUCCCGAUGCCCUCAAACAAGGACUAUGUUGUCAGGCCCAAGUGGAACGUGGAAAUGGAGUCAUCCAGGUUUCAGGGCACCUCCAAGAAAGGUAUCAGCCGGCUGGAUAAACAGAUGAGAAAGUUCACAGAUAUCAGGAAAAAAAGCAGGUCUGCACAUGCAGUGAAAAUCAGCAUCGAGGGCAAUAAAAUGCCAUUGUGACCUUGCCUGGCACGGACCCACAUCUCUAAGAAAUCUGUGAGAGACUCUUUGGAGGAAGAAGAUGACAUUUUAAAAUUUUUUUAGUGUAUCUAUAAAUGGUUGGUUCCGCUUGUAUCAAAUGUUGUCAUAGGACUAGCAUUUCUGUCAAUUGUAUUUAAAACUGUUUGUUGUGUACUUUGUACAGAGGAAUACUAGUCAUACUGCUCUAUAAACUUUACACAAUAAAAUUCCACUCUGGUUUUGGGGGGCUGUCUCUUCAUUGUCUUCGAAGAUAGAUUUUCAAUGGGGUGAAAAUUGGUUCUUGGGAGUUGAAAAAAUCAUACAUGCUACAGUGGUUUGUGGCCCUCCAAAAUCUAACCCAACAAAAUUUUAUUCCUUACUAUUUUUCUUUUUAGGGAAAAAUUUAAUUAAUUGAUUGUAAUUAAUGAAUUUAAAUUUUUAAGCUUUCUCCUUAGGGGACAGUAAUGAAGAAAAGCCUGGGAAAUCCUGCCUUCGAGGAAAUACACAUGCAUUUGAAAAUCACUUUAUGAAUUGCUUAUAGCAGUUGGGCAACUGUGUAGAAAUAAGAAUUAUAGCUCUAUUUCCCAUUGCUCUGCUUUUGUGAGCUUUUUUUUUUUUUAUAGUCUCUGAAGACUUAAAGAUUUGGUUUUGAUAAAUCCCUGCUGGGUCAAGAUGACUAAAUCCAGGAAAACUUAUCCUUAAAUCGCUGUAAUUAUAGAAAGUGUGCUCGGACAUGACUGGGGGCAGAGUAUCUGGCAUGCUCAGUUUUCAAAAACACGAGAAUCUUGUUGGCCGUAAGGCAUCUGAACAUCCAAGACAGCAUGAUGCUCACGCACUAAGCACGUCACUCAUCAGAGAACCUCUCAGGGCCUCGUUACACUUACUUUCAACAAAUUUAGAAACACAAAUGGGAUAGUGAAGUUGCAAGAGGCAGGUGCACUAAAGGCAUUAAAAGGUAGUAGCUGACCACCUAGUUGGAAACAAAAGUUUAAAUUAUUGUCAGGGGUAUGGUUUUACUUUAUAUGAAAAUCCACUGCCUUUGAGUAGAUUCCUGCUCGUAGUGACCCUAUAGGACAUAGUAGAACUGCCCCGUAGGAUUGCCAAAGCAGUAAAUCUUUUAAGGAAGCAGAUGGGUUCCUUUCUUGGUGGGUUUGAAGUGCCAACCUUAUGGUUGUCAACUGAGUGCUUUAAGGACUGUGCCACCAGAGCACUGGUUAUAUAAAUACCCUCAAAACACUUGAAAUGACUCAAAGCACAGCCAUCUAGUGGAAGGCCUUACACAUGUUCUAAACAAAGGCAUGAGUAGCAGUUUUUAACAAAGAGCUGGUUUAUUAUAGCACUUUGCCGUUUAAUGGGGUAAGCACCAAUUAUCUGGAAAUCUUACUUAUGUAGGGUAUAACUGAUGGUGCCUGGUAAUACGGCAGUAUUACCUGGGGAGUCAAAAUGCUAAGGAUAGUCUCUUGUGCUACAUCUUUAAAAAUACUUGGUGCAUGUUUUUAAGGCGUCUAAACCCUGGCUGACCAAAAUAACUUAAAUUUUGAAAAUAUUUCAAAUUUACGAUAAAAUUUUAAUACCCAAAUACACACUAUUAUACCCUUUACCUAUGUUUACCAAGUGUUGGCAUUUUUUCAUUUUGCCACAUUUACUGUCACCUUGUAUGGUAAGAGAGUGUGUGUGUGUGUGUGUGUGUGUGUGUGUUGCCAUCGAGUCAGCUCAUACUCAUUGCAACCUAUAACAAUAAAAUGUUGCCUGGUCUUGCCCCGUCUUCGUGAUCGUUGGCGUGUUUGAGUCCAUUUUUGGAACCAUUGUGUCAAUCCAUCUCAUUGAGGGUUGCCCUUGUUUUCACUGACCCUCUACCAAACAUGAUGUCCUUUUCUAGCAAUUGGUCUUUCCUGAUCAUGUAGGUAUAUAUAUUUUUUGAAACUCAUUUGAGAGUAACUUGCUGAUAUUUUGCCCUGUGAUCUCCAGAUACACAUUUCUCCCAAGAAGAAUGUAUCCAAUAUUACGCAGCUAACGUGACCACUUGGUUAUGGUACAAAAUCACUUGAAGACUUUCAGGCUUUAUCCCAGAGAUAAGAUAGUGAGAGCCCUGUAAUUUCAGUCCUUCUGAUAAUCAACUUGAUUGGAAACAAGUCUGGAUGGGUGUCUGGGGGCAAUUUACUACCUUCUGUUGAGAUUGUGACCUAGCAGGCAAAGGGAGAGCUCAAUACUUCAGAAGUACUGAACAACUUGGAGAGCAUUGGAUUAGCCCUUGUUUCCAAGCUGACUGCCCACCUACCUGCCUGUGUUCCUGACCUAGUGCAGUAACAGAAGUCCUCCAACAUCAGACACUGGGACAGGUAGAGUUGAGUGUGGAAUUGGGUCAAUAAAAAAAAAUUUUUUUUUUUUAAUUUUUAUGUUACCUACGGGUGUAUAAAAGGAUUGUGGAGAUGUUAGGUAAGUCCUCAGAGGUAGGGUUGCCUAGUGUAGUCAUGCACUAUAGAUGUUACAAAGACAUGGGUUUUUGUAGAGGCAAGGUAGUAUAAGUUGGCUGACUUUGGUGCUAUUAGGCUAGAGACAUGCACUUUAUAUCAGCUUUUGAAGAAAGCAGUGCAUGUCACAGGAUUACACCAGGAUGCCAGUUUUAAGCAAACUCAGUAAAGAUUUUACCAAGGCUUGGAAGUAAUUGUUUACAGAAGGGUUUACCAUAAGAUUCUUUUAAAACAAUCUUACUGCUUUAAAGUAGAAAUGGAAUUGCCAAGUUUGAAGGAGAACUAGCAAAAAUGUCACUCACUUCAGAACAAAAGUGUUUGGGUCUGUGCUUCCAAGAACUAGUUGAGUUCUUACACAGCAUGGUAUGCUGAGCCUGAAAUGGUCUUUACCCGGUACAACUGCAGUUACGAAUGCAGUGAGACUCCGGGGUAUUAGGCUGCAGGGCAGCUAGAUACCCCAUGAGUUUUUUGACUAGAGAGCAAUGGGAAAGGCUUUAAGUAAAAUAACUUUGUAAAAUGUUUCGUUAUAACAUGUUAAAAAGGCAUUGGAUCGGGAAUUAGGAAACCUAAAGUUUUGGUUGUUGUGAGGGAAAUCCAUCGUUGGAGAGUCCUGAAAGGAGAGGGAUGCUUCCCUGCUCUUCUGAGAGAGGGGUGAUGCCUUUGUAAUUCUUUUUCUGUUGUGUGCUUUUGGCAAGUAGUUAAGUCCUUCCACUAGAGAUGGCGGGAAUGGAAUGAAUUCCCCAGACCAGAUCUGAGGAGGCCCACAGAAGAGGCUAGAAGGUCAGUGUAAACACUGGCCUUUUGAGAAGGGCUACGUGUAGUCAUCUGUAUCACUGAGCUGGCCUACUCAGAUCCACGUCAGAAGGAAGCGGUGGCCAUGUAAAAUAGACUGUAAGCUCCUGGAGGGCAGGGGCCAGGUCCAUCUGGUUAUCCAUGAUUCCAUUUGUUGAACUAAUUAUUUCUAUAGCACUUUGCGUUUUUACAUCAGUCAUAUGUAGUUCUACAACACUGUACUGUCCCUAUUUAAAGAUGAGGAAAGUGGCUUAAGGAGUCCAGGGUACCCCCACCUAGUGAAUAGCAGCAGAGCCAGGGUUCAAGCUGAGUCUCCUGACUCCAGACCCUGUAUGCUUUUCAAGUACCCUUGUCAGGUGGAUCUUUUCUGUGUGGACUUUGUGGUAGCUUUUAUUGUUCAGACUUGUUCUUUGGCUUUUAUUUCCCUGACUGUUCCCUAGUUACUGCUAUUUUGUUUUUGAGGAAGUCAGAGAAAAAACUAUAAAUUAGAUAAAACCAUGUAAGGGUUUCUUGAGAAUAUAAAGAUGCUCAAUAGGAAAUAAAGAAGAGGAAACAAAUACAACAAUUUCAGCAUAAUGUUAACCUUAGAGUAGAAUUCAGAUUGAAAUUGAUCUUGUAUCAACCAAAUAAAACCUUGUAAAGCAAAAACAAAACAAAACAAAAACCUUGUAAGGCAACCUCAUGGCAUAGAUGGCAUUACAAGGAAUAUUCUGUACAUUACUGACAUUGUGCCUACCAGGUGUUAGGUCUUACUAUGGCCUUUACUCACAUUACCCUACUCAAUUUUUACAAAAAUUGGUUCAAAGUGAAAUGGCUGCCCUAAGUCACACAGUAAAUAGAAAGCAACCCACGUAUCUAAAAUUCUUUCUGCCUUCAAAGCUUUCAUUUACACUGUUUGCUGGGACUUGAAGUAUGUAUGCUUAGUGUUUUCAUGUUGAGCCUCAGGUUGCCCUUGGAUCUUGUUAAACUUGUAACACUGUCAUCUGAAAUGAGCACCUGUGUCCAUUCUUUUCCAGGCUUUGCUGUUGCAGCUGCAUGUAUCAUACCUUGCGUUAUAAAUGGAACCCCCUAGGAUGCUGAUACAGCUGAUACCCUGAGGAAGAGUCUCAGUGUGUCAGUGCUGGGGAGGUGCUGGGACUCAGCUGCACAGGUGAGUAGUUAGUUACCUGAUAUCGUCUUCAGACAUCACAGCCACUGUUUCUUGUUGGGGCCCAGGAUUCGGGGCGACAGUCUUGAACCUUGCUCAUGAUUUGUCUGAUAUGGUGCAGUGGUUAAGAGCUCAGCUGCUGACCAAAAAGGUCAGCAGUUCAAAUCCACCAGUUGCUCCUUGGAAACCUUAUGGGGCAGUUCUCUGACCUAUAGGGUUGCUAUGAGUCAGAAUCAACUGGAUGGCAACGGGUUUUUUUUGUUUUUGUUUUUGUUUUUGGUCUGACUGGCGGGGUGGCCCUGGCACAGGCCCAUUUGCAGACACUGGGAGCCCCAAGAGCAUAUUUACCCUAAAAGAAGGACUAGUCUGGUAAAGUAAGGCCCUUCCAGGUAUAUCCUGACCCAGCCAAUUUUGCUGCCUGGGGAGGAAAGAACUGGAUGUGAACUAGAAGCUGUGUCAUUGGAUGCUGUAACACUGCAGCCAGAAAGUUUUGCUGUGGAACAGCCCCCUCAUCAGAACCCAGGAGGAAUGCAAGAAACUCUCAGGAGGGUAUCUCCAGCAUUGAGGCAUAGUGGUGGCUUCCUGGCUCCUCAGAUGGUGAUAGGAGUGGAGCGCCCCCUGGAGGCACACCAGUAGAA